AUGGCUCUGCUCCUGCUUUUCUUGCUGCUCAACAUUCUGGGAGAAUUUGGGUUGGCCGCACUGGUUAAUCGAACCAUCGAUGAUUACUUUGGCGAUCCAAUUACUGGCACAUUUCCAGUCUAUUCCCCUGCAGAUCUGUGGCAGCAGGGCAAUGGUUGUGCCACAUGUCUGGUUCGGCCAGAUGUCGCGAAAGCUUUUGACGGAACAUGGCAUGAUUCCACUUUUUUCGUCGGGGGUGUUACACAUUCUGUAUCAGUCACUUUCACAGGCUCUGCUGUUUACGCCUUCUUUAUCACCGCACCAAUAAUUUCAGGUGUCGAUAGCUCGACCAUUGAAACCCACCUAAACAUUACACUGGACGGGAAUCUUGUUGGGAAAUUUGAUUCUGUUCCUAGCGGAAAUGACUACGGUUACAACCAGCUAGUGUACGGCAAUGCAGGUUUAAACUACGGAAAACACACGUUAGUAAUAUCCAGCGGGGGCCCGAGCCGUUCUAUCUUGGAGUUCGACAAUGUUAUCUAUACCACUGACGAUGGGACAACGUCAUCCCUAACAGUUCCAGUUGGGUCACCGACUGGGAUAUCGACAAAGUCGUCGUCAAACCCAUCUUCUGCUACCUCAUCACAUACCUCAUCACAGACUGCUGUACUUACCCCAUCCUCCACCGCAACUCAUCAGCCUGCUCCGAUCGGAGCUAUCGUAGGGGGCGUUGUUGGCGGAGUCGCCGCCAUUGCGCUCGUCAUCAUCUUCGUCUAUUUCUGCUUCUACCGUAACCGUGCGCGUGAUCGCUCGACCGCCCACGAGAUCGAGGUAAAGGAUCAGGCCAUUUUCGCAGGCCCUCAGACUCCCAGGACUUUGCUGGUCACACCCGCUGAAAUACACCCCUUCGUCUUCCCCCCGAAUCAAGCCUCUUUCAACGGAACUGCAGAAAAACAACAACUGCGUCAUCCCUCAAACUCUACCCGAACGAUUGACCCUCGUCUAGAGCUGAAUAGACGAAUUCUGGAGCUUCAGCAAGAAAUGGCCUUGCUACAGUCACAAAAUUCACCCUCCUCACAGAACCUUUUGGGAACUGAGCAAGCGGAUGAUUGGAGGUCGAAUGUUGAGCUGCUUCGUGAUGAGGUUGAAAGGUUGAGGCAUGCGAUGCACUCGUCGCAAGGUUUGGCAGAUCAGCCCCCACCAGGCUAUGCUUAUAGCCUUGACGAAGUAACAUCGUCGGGGGCCUUCCAUAUGACGUAUGUUACCCUUAGAAGUGCACAACACUGUUGA